AUGGAGACAGAAGACCUUUCAAAGGCUGUGGACAGAACUGAAGAUCCUGGUUCCAAGAAUCAUGGUCAGCCCACUGCAGUGCAGCCUGAUCUCCCACUUGGAGGGCAGUCCCCUGGCCCCACCGCUCUCUGGGACACACUCGAAAGGAAGUUUCUGGAAUACCAGCAUUUGACUCACAGGAGCCUGGAUGAGCGUCAGAAGAGCCUGUUGAGUCUUCUCCCCCUGUUCCUAAAGGCCUGGGAACACUCCGUGGGCAUCAUCUGCUUCCCCAGUCUCCAAAGCCUGGCAGAAGAUGUUUCCGACCAGCUUGCCCAGGAAAUACAGAAGGCCCUUGCUGGGAAACCUGCAGAGCAAGCGAGGGUGGCAGCGGAGCAGCUGCUGCGGUGGAAGGGGGACACGGAUCGGGAUGGCUACUUGCUCCUGAAGACAGUGUUUGUGCUCACGGGGACAGACUCGGAGACGCUGGGCAGAGUGGCUGCGUCUGGGCUCCCAGCCCUGCUCCUACAGUGCCUCUACCUCUUCUUUGUCUUUCCCCUGGAAAAGGGUGAGCUUCCUGAGAGUGAUGUUCAAGUUCAGAGGAUGUUUGUACAGAUGUUACUCAACAUUUGCUGCGAGUCUCAGGGUCUGGAGGGACUUCUCUCAGGAAGCGAGCUCCAGUCUCUACUGAUUGCCACGACCUGUCUUCGGGAGCACAGCUGCGGCUUCUGGAAAGAGCCCACCUUCUGUGUGCUGAGGGCCAUCUCCAAGGCCCAGAACCUCGACGUCAUCCAGUACCUGCAGGCCACAGACUGCGUCAGGCUGGCACUGCAGAACCUGUCCAGGCUCGCCGACACUCUCCCUGCUCCGGAGGUGAGUGAGGCUGUGAGCCUCGUCCUGGGCUUCGUGAAGGACUCCUACCCUGUCUCCUCGGCUCUGCUGCUGGAGUUUGAGAACGGGGAGGGCUACCCUUUGCUACUCAAGGUGUUACUUCGGUACGAUGGGCUGAUGCUGAGCGAGGCUGACCCCCACCUGGAGGAGCUCAUUGGGCUGGUGGUGUGGCUGACGACCUGUGGGAGGUCAGAACUGAAGGUGUUUGACAGUGUCACGUACCCUCAGCUUGAAGGCUUCAAGUUCCAUCAUGAGGCUUCUGGGGUGACUGUUAAGAAUCUUCAGGCCUUCCAGGUUCUGCAGAAUGUUUUCCACAAAGCCAGCGAUUCUGUCCUCUGCACACAAGUCCUGUCGGCCAUCAGGACCAUGUGGACCUGGAAUGCUCGCAACUUCUUCCUGCUGGAGUGGACCCUGCAGCCCAUCUCACAGUUUGUGGAGCUUGUGCCCCUGAAGCCAGCCCUGGUGCAGGUGCACUUCUUCCAGCUGCUAGAGGCCCUGGUGUUUGAACUGCACUAUGUGCCCCAUGAGAUCCUGUGGAAGGUGCAGCGUCUGAUCAAGGAGAGUCCAGAGCCCUCCUGCACCCUUGUGGCCGUGCAGAGCAUCCUCAGGAUUGCUGGUGGGGACCCGCUCUUCACUGACAUCUUCCGUGACUCAGGACUCCUGGGCUUGCUUCUGGCCCAGCUGCGGAAGCAGGCCAAGAUCAUGAGGAAGUCAGGAAACAAAGAGUCCACUCCUGGUGCUCAGGAUCCAGAAAGAGAACUCACCUGCGUGAUGCUGAGAACCGUUGUCACACUUCUGAACGGCUCGGUUCGGAAUGCAGUUGUCCUGAAAGACCACGGCAUGGUGCCCUUCAUCAAGAUCUUCCUGGACGAUGAGUGCUACCGGGGGGCCUCGCUCAGCAUCCUGGAGCAGCUGUCCGUCAUCAGCGCUGAGGAGUACAUGAGCAUCAUCGUGGGCGCUCUGUGCUCGUCCACUCAAGGGGAGCUGCAGCUGAAACUGGAUCUCCUGAAGUCUCUCCUCCGGAUCCUGGAGACUGCCAAGGGCCGUGCUGCUUUCAGAGUCUCCAGCGGGUUCAACGGGCUGCUGUCCCUGCUCUCCGACCUGGAGGGCUCCCUCCACGGACCCACGCUGCAGACAUGGGGAGCGGUGUCCCCCAGCCAGACCCUGGAGCUGGUGCUGCACACGCUCUGUGCCCUAUCUGCAGCACUGCACCUGGACCCUGUCAACGGGGACUUCUUCAGGAGGAACGGGCUCUUCGAGAAGCUGGCCGAGGACCUCUGCUUGCUGGGCUGUUUUGGGGCCCCAGAGGAAGAGGGAGCCCCUCUGUCCUCCUGGGCUGACACAAAGCCCAGGCCAUUUGCUGACUUGCUGAGUGCUGCCUUUGCCUCCUGCAGCCCACUCCCACCCAGCAUGCAGAGCUGCCUCCAGAUCCUCAGCUUUCUGGACAGCAUGGCCAGGGGCACCCUCCACCUGCACUGGGACCUGAAGGAGUCCCCGAGGGCUGGGCAGGAGCUGGUCGUGGAUGCCCAGAAGGAGGACACCGGCAGUGACCCCAAAGGCAGCUUCAAGCAGUGGCCAAACCUGCAGGACAGGACAGAUGAAGGGGACACUGUGAUCAUGCACCCCGGGAUCGUGUGCAUCAUGGUGAUGCUGCUACCUCGGUUGAACCAUGCGGAUCACCCACAGCUUUCCCAGGAGAUCCAGUGCUCCCUGGCCAGUCACAUCCAGUCCCUGGUGAAAUCAGAGAAGAACCGCCAGCUCAUGUGUGAGGCGGGGAUGCUCAGGGCCCUCAUGAGCUCCUGCCACAGGGCCCUGGCCACCAGCUGCAGCCCCUUGCACUCACGCCUCAUCAGGAUUUUUGAAAAGCUUGCUUCCCAAGCCAUCGAACCCGACCUGUUAAGGUACUACGCCGGUCUUGGAAUCCCCCCACCUCUGUCGGCUGCCACAAAAAUCCUCAAUUCAUCUCGUGUGCAUGGAGGCAACCCUGGGUGCUCAGGGUCACAGACUGCAGCACCAGGCUCAGCUGAGGGACCCUUGGGAGCAGCCCCAGAUGCCAACCCAUGCCCGGGAGUCGCCCAGGCCCUCAGGCCCUCGGAGGCGUCCCAGGAUCCCACCACGACCCUUCAGACGGUUCUCAGCCUCAUCUCCAUGACCUCCCCACGCAACCUGCAGCCUCAGAAGGCGGCCCUGGCUCCAUCAUUCAUGGAAUUUGACAUGUCUGUGGAAGGCUAUGGCUGCUUGUUUAUUCCAACCCUGUCUACUGUUAUGGGAAGCAGCACCGAGUACUCUGUCUCUGGAGGGAUUGGGACAGGCGCUGCCAGAGCCUUCCCUCCCCCUGGGGGACUGACAUUCUCCUGCUGGUUCCUGGUCAGCCGGCAUGGCGCUGCCACGGAUGGCCACCCGCUUCACUUCCUGACCCUGGUGCGCCACCUGGCCAGAACUGAGCAGCCCUUUGUCUGCUUCUCCGUCAGCCUCUGCCUGGACGACCUCUCCUUGGUCGUGUCUACAGAAGAGAAAGCGUUUCAGCCCCUAGAUAUCAUGGAACCUGAGGAUGACUCUGAGCCUUCUGCAGGACGCCAGCUUCAGGUCAGGUGUGGCCACCUGCUAGCUUGUGGUCAGUGGCAUCACUUGGCUGUGGUUGUCACCAAGGAAAUGAAAAGGAAUUGCACCGUCUCCACCUAUCUGGAUGGACAGAUCAUUGGCUCAGCCAAGAUGCUGUACAUUCAGGCCCUACCAGGACCUUUCCUUUCAAUGGAUCCAUCUUCAUUUGUGGAUGUUUACGGAUAUAUUGCUACCCCUCGAGUCUGGAAACGAAAGUCAUCGUUAAUCUGGCGUCUUGGCCCCACAUACCUCUUUGAAGAAGCCAUUUCAGUGGAAACUCUGGAAGUUAUUAACAAACUUGGCCCAAGAUACUGUGGCAACUUCCAAGCUGUGCAUGCUCAAGGAGAAGACCCAGACAGUGAAGCGACACCCCUCGUUGCAGAGGAAAAGAUUUCCUUUGGGCUUCACGUAGCCAGUUCCUCUGUCACCAGGCUAGCAGACCUCAGGAGAGCUUACAGUGAGGUGGACAGCCGCCUGAUUGCCAAGGAGAUGAACAUUUCCUCCCGUGACAAUGCCAUGCCUGUGUUCCUGCUGAGAAACUGUGCUGGCCACCUCUCCGGUUCUCUUCGGACCAUUGGAGCUGUUGCUGUGGGCCAAUUAGGGGUAAGGGUGUUCCACUCCAGCCCUGCUGCCAGCAGCCUGGACUUCAUUGGCGGGCCCGCCAUCCUCUUGGGCCUCAUAUCCUUAGCAACAGAUGACCACACUAUGUAUGCGGCUGUGAAAGUCCUGCACUCGGUUCUGACCAGCAAUGCCAUGUGUGGCCGCCUGAUGCAGCACAUCAGUGGGUACCAGAUAAUGGCGUUUCUCCUGAGGAAGAAAACCUCUUUCCUAAACCAUCGCAUUUUUCAGCUGAUCCUCUCAGUUGCUGGCACUGCAGAAUGGGGCUUCAGGUCAUCUGCUGUCACCAAUGUUGGAAUCUUCCAGCACAUUCUCUGCAACUUUGAGCUCUGGAUGAAUACCUCGGACAACGUGGAGCUCACGCUCUUUUCCCACCUUGUGGAAAUCCUGCAAUCACCAAGGGAAGGACCCAGGAAUGCUGAAGUUGCUCACCAGGCCCAGCUUGUGCCCAAGCUCAUCUUCCUCUUCAGUGAGCCAAGCCUCACCCCCUCCAGGAUCCCCACCAUCAUUGCCAUCCUGGGCUGUCAGCUGAGGGGCUACUUCAGCAUCCAGGACUUGCUCAGGAUCGGGCUGUUUGUCGUGUAUACCCUCAAGCCUUCGUCAGUGAAAGAGAGGCAGAGCUGCAUGGAUGGAGCCCCGGACCCCUCCAUGCCUGCUGGAAGCCAAACAUCUGGAAAGACAAUCUGGCUCAGAAACCAGUUGCUGGAGAUGAUGCUUAAUGUAAUAUCUUCCCCCCAACUUCAUCUGUCCUCUGAGUCAAAGGAGGAGUUGUUUCUGAGCCUGGGGCCCGACUGGUUCCUGCUGUUCCUGCAGGGCCACCUGCACCCCUGCACCACUGUGCUGGCACUGAAGCUGCUGCUGUGCUUUCUGUCAAGCCCUGCCCUCCGCGAGCGAUUUAAAGAUGGCCUGUCCGCGGGGCGCUGGGUGGAACGCAGCACCGAGGGCGUGGAUGUUGUGAUAGACAACCUGAAGAGCCACCCUCCCGUGCCUGGCCAAGGCCCCUGCCUGCUUCCUGGCUUCCGCGUCUUGAAGGACUUUUUGGCCCACCAUGCUCAGAUUGCAGAAGUCCACCUCAUCGUGUCCAGCUUCUUCCUGCAGACGCCGCUCACAGAGCUGACCCACGCGCCCAGGGACAGCCUGGAUGCCAUGCUUCAGUGGCUCCUGCAAAAGCACCACCAGGAAGAAGUCCUCCGGGCCGGGUUGUGCAUGGAAGGUGCCCUGCUGCUCCUGGAAAUGCUGAGGCACCUCCUCUCAUGAAUGUGCUCUCAGCCCUGGGCAGGCUCUGAGGACAGCGCCUGGGAACAGACAUUCCCGGCCAGCGUGCUGCAGUUCCUGGGCCUCGUGCACCGCACCUACCCCCAGGACCCGGCGUGGUGGGCCCCGGAGUUCCUCCAGACCUUGGCCACUGUGACCUUCCCCCUGGGAACUCAAAAGGGGGCUGUGGCUGAACCUGCCCAGAGUGCCAGCAGUCCUGGGGCCGUGGCUGAAGACGACAACACUGGUGAGGGUCUGCAUGCUCCUGCCAAGUCACAUCCUGCCCGGAGGCAGCUGAGGGAAUUCACACAGCUCCUCUUCAGGGAGCUCCUGCUUGGGCCCCCCAGCCCCAAGCAGUGGCAGCCCCUGGAGGUGCUCUUGGAGGCUUAUCCAGACAACGCCACCAGCCAAGAGAAGCGAGACUUCCAGUCUGAGAUCCUGCUUUCUGCCAUGGAAAUAUUCCACUUGAUGAGUGGGGGCAACGUGCCGGUACUCGGAGGUAGUAAAGAGCCUCCACCAAACGCAGAAGCUGCUGCUCCUUUGCUCGCGAACAUCUCCUACUUCACCCAGAAGCUGGUGGAGAAGCUGUACAGUGGGGUGUUCUCGGCAGACCCCAGGCACAUCCUCCUCUUCAUCACAGAGCACAUCAUGGUGGUAAGAGCCACGGCCAGCUGGGGUGCAAAAUCAAAAUAUGGGGCCCAUGUACAAAAGUUACCAAGAAUUUCAGAUGAUGACAACAGAGCCCAAACUUAUCCAGAAGGAUUUGGAUUGGAACCCAAGCCUAAAAUGACUCCUUAUCAUCAAGUCUUCCUUUCCCCAAAUGAAGAAGUGAAAGAAAAAAGAGGGGAAGAUUUCCUGAGUUUGAGUGAUGUCCAGCACAACAUCCAGAAGACGGUACGGACUCUCUGGCAGCAGCUCGUGGCACAGAGGCGGCAGGCACUGGAAGAUGCCUUCAAGAUCGAUCUCUCUGUGAAACCUGGAGAGAGUGAAGUGAAGAUUGAAGAGGUCACCCCCCUCUGGGAAGAGACGAUGCUCAAGGCCUGGCAGCACUACUUAGCAUCUGAGAAGAAAUUGCUCGCCAGUCGCUCGAAUGUCACACAUCACAGCAAGGUCACAUCAUGGAGUGGAAGCCUGUCCUCAGCCAUAAGGCUGAUGCCUGGGCGGCAGGCCAAGGACCCUGAAUGCAAGACAGAGGAUUUUGUGUCAUGUAUAGAGAACUACAGAAGAAGAGGACAGGAGUUAUAUGCAUCUUUAUACAAAGACCACGUACAGAGGCAGAGAUGCAGCAACAUCAAGGCAGCCAAAGCCUGGGCCAGGAUCCAGGAGCAGCUUUUUGGAGAGCUGGGUUUGUGGGGCCGAAUGACAGAAGUCACGCCCUGCUCCAAGUGGGAACUCGACUGGAGAGAGGGACCAGCUCGCAUGAGGAAACGCAUCAGACGCUUGUCCCCACAAGAGGCCCUGCACCCAGGAAGGCUCAAGGAAAGUCAAGACAAAAAUGUUGAUAUUUCUCAAACAAAUGCAGAAAACCAAGGUGAGCGGACACCAAAGGAGGCUGAGGGCGAGCUGGACAAGGUGGCGGUGGACUGCACCCAGCUGACGUUCUUCCCUGCCUUACACGAAAGUCUGCACUCAGAAGAUUUCUUGGAACUGUGUCGGGAAAGACAAGUUAUUUUACAAGAGCUUCUUGAUCAAGAAAAGGUGACACAGAGGUUCUCCCUGGUGAUUGUGCAGGGCCACCUGGUGUCGGAAGGGGUCCUGCUCUUUGGCCACCAGCACUUCUACAUCUGUGAGAACUUCACACUGUCCCCCAUGGGCGAUGUCUACUGCACCCGCCAUUGCUUAUCCAACAUCAGCGAUCCCUUCAUUUUCAACUUGUGCAGCAAAGACAGGUCCUCCGAGCACUACUCCUGCCAGCGUCACAGCUACAGCGACCUCAGGGAGCUCCGGCAGGCCCGCUUCCUCCUGCAGGACAUCGCCCUGGAGAUCUUCUUCCAGAAUGGAUACUCCAAGUUUCUUGUCUUCUACAACAGUGAUUGCAGUAAGGUCUUCAAAAGCUUCUGCUCGUUCCAGCCCGGCCUGAAGGGGAAAGGCGUGGUGGAGGACGCCCUCGGUCUAAGGAGACACCCCGGCUCUGACAAGACCAUGCUGCAGAGGUGGCAGAAAAGGGACAUCAGCAAUUUCGAGUAUCUCAUGUACCUCAACACCUUGGCUGGGAGGACCUACAAUGACUACAUGCAGUACCCAGUGUUUCCCUGGGUCCUCGCUGACUACACCUCGGAGACGUUGAACUUGACGAAUCCCAAGAUAUUCCGGGACCUAUCAAAGCCCAUGGGGGCUCAGACCAAAGAAAGGAAGCUGAAAUUUAUCCAGAGGUUUAAAGAAGUUGAGAAGACUGAAGGAGACAUGACUGUCCAGUGCCACUACUACACUCACUACUCUUCGGCCAUCAUCAUCGCCUCCUACUUGGUCCGGAUGCCGCCCUUCACCCAAGCCUUCUGCUCUCUGCAGGGUGGAAGCUUUGAUGUGGCGGAUAGAAUGUUUCACAGCGUGAAGAACACGUGGGAGUCUGCCUCCAGGGAGAACAUGAGUGACGUCAGGGAGCUGACCCCGGAGUUCUUCUACCUGCCCGAGUUCUUAACCAACUGCAACGCGGUGGAGUUCGGCUGCAUGCAGGAUGGGACUGUGCUAGGGGACGCUCUGGAAAGUGACUUUGUCAGUGCCAACCUCCACCAUUGGAUAGACCUUAUUUUUGGGUACAAGCAGCAGGGGCCAGCUGCAGUGGAGGCUGUUAAUACCUUCCACCCCUACUUCUACGGCAACAAAGUGGACCUUAGCAGCCUCAGUGACCCCCUGAUCAAAAGCACCAUCCUGGGGUUUGUCAGCAACUUUGGACAAGUGCCCAAACAGCUCUUUACAAAACCCCACCCGGCCAGGACUGCUGCAGGGAAGCCAUCACCUGGAAAGGAUGUCUCCACACCUGCGAGCCUGCCUGGCCACCCACAGCCCUUUUACUACAACCUGCAGUCCCUGAGACCCUCCCAAGUCAUGGUCAAAGAUAUGUACCUUUUCUCUCUAGGCUCAGAGUCCCCCAAAGGCGCCAUUGGCCACAUCGUCCCAACCGAGAAGGCCAUCCUGGCCGUGGAGAAGAACAAAGUGCUGCUGCCCCCUCUGUGGAACAGGACCUUCAGCUGGGGCUUCGAUGACUUCAGUUGCUGCCUAGGGACCUAUGGCUCUGACAAGAUCCUGAUGACAUUUGAGAACCUGGCUGACUGGGGCCGCUGUCUGUGUGCUGUGUGCCCAUCCCCCACGAUGAUUGUCACCUCUGGGGCCAGCUCCGUGGUGUGUAUAUGGGAGCUCAGCAUGGCCAAAGGCCACCGGAGAGGCUUGCGCCUCAGGCAGGCCUUGUAUGGACACACACAGGCAGUCACAUGCCUGGCAGCAUCGGUCAGCUUCAGCCUCCUGGUGAGUGGCUCCCAGGACUGCACCUGCAUCCUGUGGGACCUGGACCACCUCGCCCCUGUGGCCCGUCUGCCUGCCCACCGGGAGGCCAUCUCAGCCAUUGACAUCAGUGACAUCUCGGGCACCAUCGUCUCCUGUGCGGGAGCCCACUUGUCCCUAUGGAAUGUCAAUGGACAGCCUCUGGCCAGUAUUACCACAGCCUGGGGCCCAGAAAGAGCCAUAACCUGCUGCUGCAUGAUGGAGGGGCCAGCAUGGGACAGAAGCCAUGUCAUCAUCACCGGGAGUCAAGAUGGCAUGGUCCGGAUUUGGAAGAUGGAGGAUGUGAAGUUGUCUGUUCCCGGGCAUGCCGUGGCAGAAGAACCUGCAGCUCAGCCUCCAAGCCUGACAGGUCACAAGUGGGAGAAGAACCUUGCCCUGAGUCGAGAGCUGGACGUCAGCAUUGCUUUGACAGGGAAGCCCAGUAAGACCAGCCCAGCAGUGACAGCACUGGCUGUGUCCAGAAACCAGACCAAGCUCCUGGUCGGUGAUGAGAAGGGGAGAAUAUUCUGCUGGUCUGCAGAUGGGUAGGAAGAAAGAGACGGUGGAGGCUCUGGCAUGGCUGCAUGUCCCUGAGGGGCUGCAGCCUCCACAGAAGGCAGGGAAGGUGAUGCAGAGCCUGG